AUGAAGUUGAAGGAGGGCGAUUCAGCGGCGGGGUUAGCAUUAUCGGAUGAGAUCGCUAGACGCGUGGCAAAAAACUUAAAACUCUAUGCAGGCCACGUGACAUCAUUCUCUCCCCAGCUGCUGUCAUGUGCGGCGGUCGUACGGCAGUAUUCCAAGGCUGGUGUCUUUCAAGCAUUGCCGGACUGGACAACCGUCGCUGACGAUGAUCCGCGCAUCAAGCAUCAUCCACGAUUCCACAAAAUGGUAAAUUAUCGACAUCUCACCAGUUCUGGGGACACAGAACACACUGCUUCUGGUUGGGCCAAUGUGGAAGCGACUGCCUCAACGUCACCGUCUCGUGACAUUCCAGUGAGCAGAUUUAUCGCUGACAACCAAGACCCUGCCAUCGCGAAGCAUGUCCUGAGCACUACGACACAUGAACCUGUGUCUCCACUGGCAGCCUGGUUCAACAAUGUACCGGUAACACCUUCGCCAACCGCACUGUUGGAACCUCUGACUCCUCUUUGCCCUUCAACCGCCGCCUCCCCAAGCAAGGAGCAUCUUCGUGCGAUGGGAAACAGGACACAACCGAAGACUGUCCGACAACACGGCAAGCGCAAGGACAGACAAGCGGAAGAUGAUGUUGUGGAUGAAACAGACAUGAUACGUAGAUCUACACCACGCCCAUUAUCCCGACAAUCUGCUCCGAAAAGGAAAAAGAAGUUCAUGUCCGAUCAUGAGGAAAACCAGCCAACCGGAAGCAUAUACGUCGCCCGGAAGCACACAGCGUCAUCAUCAAUGGCAAAUGCAGUUGCAGGACCACUUAAGGUAAUGUCAUCCGACACGGUCGAUGAUAAAGGUUUUUGGGAUGCAGACACCAGGCCGGAUGGAUGGGGUCGCGAUUCCACCAUUGCAACGUCGGCGGAGCAUUCCGUCCGCUAUCACCCCCGAAAGUGUGACAAAUGCAUCACAUUAGACAUACCUUGUAUUGUCCUGCCUGAUAAGAAGUAUGGUUUCACAAGACUUGCAUGUGGCAACUGCGAUGAGAUGAAGAUAACUUGCACAAUUGAUGGUGUUGGUGUCCGGGAGAGGUUGCAAGCAAAGUCAAAGGGAAAAGACCCUCUUCCUCCCAAACGUUCCAAGAUCUGUACUCCCAAAUCGUGGGCUGCCAAAACUCUAGCCAAAACUGACACCACAAAAAGGAAAAAACAACCCACUCGUGCGUUCCCCCGUGCUGAGCAAAAAGUCCUCGUGCCGGAUGUGUCGGAAGACUCAAAUGCAGAACAACCGAUGGAGCCUUCGGAGACUGUCUUACCACUAGCAAUGGUGCAACCCUUGACAAACACUCUGGUUGGGUCAGCCGGACUUGGCAACCAGCCCGAGCCUGAGCCAACUCCGAGAGAUAUAUUGCAUAGUAUUCAUGACCUAGGUAGACGGUCUGAUCUCCUUGCUACAAACGAACGGGUGGACGUGUUAGACACCAGGUUGCAUUUGGUGGAGGAAACACUAGAUCGGAGGUUGACCAUGCUGGAGAAAUGGUUGAGUACUUCAGAUCUGCAAUGGAAAGUGACAUCAUCAUCUCUGGGCAAUUUGUCAAUGGCCCUUCGGAAGCACAGAGACGAUCAGAUUAUACACCACCGUCGGGAGAGCAUUUUUGGAGACGGAUCAUCACAGCAACAAGAUGCUGGCCUAGUUGAUGAAGAGGGUGUCUCGCACAUGGGGAGACAACCCAGUCGUAUCAGCACAAGAAGGCUAGAUAAUGCCGGGAGGUCUGUAUCUGCUGUUCAAAUACCCGGAGCAUCACUUCCAUUGGUGUCAUCGCCUCUGUCUUCUCGAUUCUCCAGUGCCCCACUGGGCACAUCCGGCGAAUAG